GAGCUGCUCGCCGCCCUUCGUACCGAUACCGCGAAAGAGCGACCACGAUGCGCCGGGCAGGGGCGGGGCGACGGCUGGUCGCCCUCGCCUGACAAUCCGCGAGUGCCGCCCCAAAACGGGAAUUUGGACGUUGAGAUUGUGCUCGAUUUGUGCGAGAUUGCGCCUCAAGAAGGUGUACAAUUUUAAUAUGGCCGCUGCCAGUUUGGAGAGGCCAUCAAAGGGAGCUGAUUAAAGGUGAUUCGGAGGUUUGGGCCUGUCGUUUACCUCCAGCCCUCGCCCCCGACUCAGACGAUAUGGACACAGUAUGGCCUCAGAUAACCGGCACACCUCAAAGGGAAGACUCAUACUGUCGAUUUUUUGUCUCCAAGCAAUCUUUUUCCAGUUUACCAUUGGUUGCCAUCAGACAUUCGUGAGCCGCCUUGGAGGCCCCAUGAACGGCAAUUUCACAAGUCCCGAGUUUUCGAACCCUCGAGGUCUGACCAUCAGCUGCGUGUACACUUUCCUGGGAGGUCCAGGACAGAGAGUCCAGAUCACGUUCGACACCUUCCGAUUGAGAGGUUCGCCGCCAGAUGGAGCCGCAGUUGGGGACCUCCCUACAUGCGUGCACGAGUACAUGGACAUCUACUCGGAGGUGACGCAGCCGGAAUUGAACGAGUUGGUGCACUCGCCCUUUGGUGGACGCUACUGCGGCCCUAUCCCUCCCCGCAGCAGAGUUUCACUGUACCGAGCGCUCGCUUUCUCCUUCCAUUCGGACAAGAAUAUUUCGAUUCCCGACCUGUUUGCAGGCCGGUAUUCCUUCAUCAACGACUGUAAGUACCCAGCCAUUCGACCUGUUUCUAUAUAUUUUCGUACUCCACCCUUUAAAAGAAUUUACCACAAUUUUGAAUCACCAUAUACAGUGAUUCUCCCGGUAUCACCGGGUAUAGUUUCAUCAUUGCCAACUGGUUGUUUGGCAGUUACCUUAAUAGAAUAUCGUUAA